AUGACAGAUUACAAGGAGGAACAGGCGAAUGAGCUGGAGGCACUUCAGUCCAUCUACCCUGAUGAAUACGAAGAGAUCUCGGCCGACCCUGUCGAGUUUACUAUCCUCAUUGUCCCCGACGAGGAGGACGGCGACGACACCUAUGCGAUGAAGUUGCACGUCAAGUACACAGAAACAUACCCCGACACAUUACCAGAGUUCUCGAUCGACAUGGAAGAUGGCGAGCUGGACGAGGAGGACUUUGAUACCAUCAUGACAAAAGUCACCGAAGCUGCUGAGGAGGCAAUAGGAAUGGGCAUGGUAUUUUCAAUGGCCUCGAUCGCUAAGGAUACUCUUUCGGAAAUCAUUGUCAACAACAAGGAGAGGAGGGAGCGUGAAGAAGAGGAGGAAGCCCAGCGCGAGCUCGAGGAGGAGGAGAAGCGCAAGGAGGGAACAAGGGUGACGGUAGAGCUCUUCACAAGAUGGAAGACUGCUUUCGAUUCAGAGAUGGCCGAGAAGGAGCGGAUCGAGAAGGGUCUGAAGAAGGAUGAUCCCAAGUUGCUGAAGCCUAGCGGUCGUCAACUGUUCGAGCGCGAUCACAGCUUGGCCAAGUCGGAUGCUACGUUCAUGGAGGAGGGAGAUGUGGAUGUCGAUAUUGCAUUGUUCGAGCGCGAGCUUGUCAUCUCUGAUGAUGAGGACGAUAACGAGAAUGAUGUGCUCAGGAAUAUCCGAUCCUCCGACUAG